UCCAUCUCUCUCUCUCGCACUCCUCAACUCUCUCCUUCACUCUUUUUCAUACCUCUCUUGUUUCUUCCUCUAUUUCUUCUUCCUACAAACACACCAACCAUUCCUUUAACUCCAUUCCAUUUCCUGUAAAACCAGCAAUAGCAACGAAAAUGUCGCUGGAGGUUUGCGUGCUGUUCUUCCCACCUUCUGGAUCGUACAGCGAACUGACCUUUAGCUUCUUUUUGGGUUUUCUCUUUCUCGCCGCCGUGUUCGGCUUCUGGCUUGUUCCAGGUGGUCUCGCUUGGGCUCUAUCCAGGCUUCGUCGCCUAUCUCACCACAAAACCACGGCCAUUCCAGGGCCAUCGGGGCUUCCUCUUCUAGGCCUCGCUCCGGCUUUCACUGGGUUUCUGACUCACAUAGUCCUUGCCAAGCUCGCAAAUACCUUCAAGGCCAAGCAGUUGAUGGCAUUCUCAGUCGGGUUCACUCGGUUCAUCAUCUCAAGCCAUCCCGACACAGCCAAAGAGAUUCUGAACAGUUCAGCUUUCGCAGAUCGACCCAUCAAGGAGUCCGCAUACGAGCUUCUUUUCCACAGAGCAAUGGGCUUCGCACCGUUCGGAGAGUACUGGAGGAAUCUUCGGAGAAUCUCCGCGACCCACAUGUUCUCUCCAAAGAGGAUCGUUUCCUUUGGGGAUUUCCGAACCAGAAUCGGGCUCCAAAUGGUGGCUCAGAUCAAAGACAUUAUGGAGAGAUACGGUGAGGUGAAGGUGAGACCAGUGCUACAUUUCGGGGCGCUGAACAACGUCAUGAUGAGUACCUUUGGGAGGAUUUACGAAUUCGGCGAUUCUCGUGAUGAUGGUGGGCUGGAGUUGGAGGAGUUGGUGAGAGAAGGGUAUGAUUUGCUUGGGGUUUUCAAUUGGAGCGACCACUUUCCUGUUCUGGGUUUUCUGGAUUUACAAGGUGUAAAGAGGAGAUGCAGAAAGCUGGAGGCGAGAGUGAGCGUUUUCGUCGGGAAAAUCAUAGAGGAACAUAGGAUGAAGAGGUUUCAAAAUGAAACCAGCAAGGCCAUGGACGAACAAGAAGGGUCUGGUGGUGACUUUGUUGAUGUGCUGCUAGAUUUGGAGAAAGACAACAGGCUAAAUGACUCCGACAUGGUUGCUGUUUUAUGGGAAAUGAUAUUUAGGGGAACUGACACCGUGGCGAUUCUGGUGGAGUGGAUUCUAGCAAGAAUGGUGGUGCACCCACAAGUCCAGUACAAGGCUCAGUGCGAGAUAGACUCUGUUGUGGGCAGUAACCGCAGUGUGACAGACCAGGACCUUCCGAAUCUGCCUUACGUGCGAGCCGUAGUGAAGGAAACCCUGAGGAUGCACCCACCUGGUCCCCUCCUGUCGUGGGCCAGGCUAGCCAUCCACGACACCCACGUAGGGCAGCACUUCGUCCCGGCCGGCACCACCGCCAUGGUGAACAUGUGGGCUAUAACCCACGACCAGGAAGUGUGGCCGGAGCCGUCGGAGUUCAAGCCCGAGCGUUUCAUGGGGCAGGCUCAGGAUGUGUCCGUCCUGGGCUCCGAUCUGAGACUGGCUCCUUUCGGUUCCGGAAGGAGGGUGUGCCCCGGGAAGGCCAUGGGCUUGGCCACCGUCGAGCUCUGGUUCUCCCUGCUGCUGCAGAAAUUUAAGUGGGUCCCUUCUGUUGCUGGCGUGGACUUGGCGGAGUGCUUGAGGCUGUCGCUCGAAAUGAAGCAUAGUCUGGUCUGCGAGGCUAUUCCGCGCGAUCCAUAAACAAUGCUUCCCUCAUCAAUUCUGCCAAACCAUGCUUGCUCUUGGACUGGGGAUAGUCAAGCUGCUCUAUAGGUUCAACAUGUUUUAGUUAGUUAGUUAACCUUUUAUCUUUUAUUUUUCUGCGUCUGUUUGGAGAGGGUUAUCUUUUGCAAGCUUUAAUUACUUGAAUUCACAGGAACUCUUCUCCAUGUUAUGUUUAUGCAAGCAACAUUAAUAGUUUAACGAAUUUCUCAUUUCUCUUUCAA